CGUGAAAGAAUAUAAUUUUAAAAAUUAGCUAGAAAAUAUGAGCGGAUACGAAAACGACGUACUUAGUGCCCUAAUCAUAUUGGCCGACAAUAAAAAAAUCCAGGUGACAUUUACUGAGUCCGCCAAAGGUGCUGCCAUUUGUGCAGCCAGCGCCUUGAUUGGUGGCUUACUAAUGGGCCCCCGUGGGCUGGCUAUCGGCGGUGCCCUUGGUGGAGCUGCAGCUUAUGGUCUUACGGAUGGAAAAUUCAAAUCAAUAAGUGAGGUCAUUUCGUAUGAUAUGUCUGAAGAUGAGCGUCGAGAACUACAAAACCAUGUGAGGAAGGCUAUAUCCAAAAUCUGUGCUGUCAAUGGUUUAGAGGUCGCAAAACUUAUAUUAAAUAACAAGGAGGUUCAAGAAGUUGCACUUAACGCUCUGAAGUCUUUUUUUACUGACCGCAUGGAAAUGACUAUUAUAGAUUAGUCAUCUGCCAAUAUAAUCCUGUAUUCAGUAAAAGAUCAAAAAUAACUUUUCUUUAUUAUUUUAAUCUACAGGGUUAUGGUUGUCACAUUUUCGGCGUUUCGAUUUAAAUCAAUGUACUUAAAUAUAAAUUUAUAACAAAAAAUAAAAGUUGCAAUGCUUGAUGGCUGUUAUGUA